GGCCUUAGCGGUCUUUGAAUACGCGGCCCUUGAGGAUCGUUGAGGCUGCGUACUUUAAGGCUGCAGACCCUGAAUUGGGAUACAGCCAUGGCGCGAUUUUUUUGUGUGUCUGAAGGGGGCUACUUGAACCGGAAGUAAUAAAACGACUCUAAUAUAUAAAUAAAGAACGCGCCAUUAAUAAAUUCAUAAUAUAACAUAAACAUAUAGAGUUUGCGUAUGAGAUGGUUAAACUGAGAAUAAGAUCAAAUUUAAAAACUGAUAUAUAUUUUACGUAAUUACGCGCAGGUCCACCGGGCAAGCAGGUAGCUUUAGCACCGUCACACCAACGUUCCAAAACAAGAAGGUUCCUCGUGCCUGUUUGGUCUCGAGUCACACGAAGUAAUAUGGAGAUGUCGGGAGCCGCUGGUUUUUUCCUGUAUUUCGCCUUCGGAAGCAACUUGUUGAAAGAAAGGCUACAGCUGGCAAACCCGUCGGCGAAAUUUUAUCAGACCGGUAGGCUGAAGGACUACAAACUGAACUUUGGACUGUGGAAAGAGCACAUAGACAAUAAUGCUUGGCACGGUGGCGUGGCAACCAUUGAGUCUUAUCCAGGCGCAGAAGUGUGGGGGGUCAUCUGGACUUUGAACAACGAACACCUCUCGAGCCUUGAUGACCAGGAAGGAGUGAAGGCCGGUAUAUACUCUCCACUAGAGGUCUCUGUGGAGACUGAUAACGGGACGGUGCUCUGCAGGACGUAUCAGAUGAACAACUUCCACGCCUGUCCUCCCUCUCCACAGUACAAACAGGUGAUGUGUCUGGGCGCGGAGCAGAACGGACUCCCUGUGGAGUACAAGAAGAGCCUGGAGGAGGUUCAAACCAACAACUACAGCGGCCCCUCGAUCCUGGACCGAAUCCCGAUGGUCAUGAACCUGAGAUUAAACAGUUCAAAUUCAGGUUCCUGAACUUGGAAUGAAAGUCAGCAGAACUACACCAGAAUGAGAUAUAGAUCAGCUAAUUAGUGGAGGAACCUCGUGGUGAGGAAGAUAUCACACUUUCUUUUUUUUGCAGAUUAUGGAUCUUUUAACCUCAAACAUGACUAUAAAUUAUUACCAUUCUAUAACAAGAUUGAGACUGAGAUAUGAUUAACAGGACAGGGAAAAAUGUUUUUUGUUUUGCAAAUAACUCUCUUAUGUUAUGAAAGUGGCACCACUGUGUGGACAGAACUUAAUAAUGCAUGCAA